GUCGUGGAGGCGAUGGUUGUUCCUGUGCAGUUCCCAGCAGCUGGUCUCGAACAAUUACCACUGCUACCAGAAAGUCCUGAGCAGCCUUUGCGAAGUCGGCCACAGACGCCGGGAAGCGUGUCGAGUUGUCCACCCACACCCAAAUCCCUGAGCCGCCCCAGCACCCCGGCGCACCCGUCGCAGCGUCACGGCACCCCGGCCAGCCGCCCCAACACCCCGCAGCGCAACACCCCACCAACAAAACCCCGGACCCCAUCUGUACCAGCCUCUUCACUAUCCCGACCCGAAACACCCUCAAAGAAAUCUUCUGCGCCGCCCUCUCCCUUGAAUGGGAAUGAUUUGAAAUCAGAAUAUAUUAUUAAAAGAAAACAAUAUCAGGAAUUGAAAAAGGAACUCGACCUUAAACAGAAAACAGUUUUAGAACUUUACAACGGACUACGUGUCUUGCGUGAGCACAUGACACGGGAGGGGAUCCCCUACGCGUGUCAAGGUCACCAGGAGCUGGUGAUGUACAACGUAGCGGACUGGGCUCCGGAAGAGGUGGCGCAAAUGUGCCGAGACGCCGCUUCACCCGACACCAGUACAGCUUUGGAACUGUUCAAAACGACUUUACCUGUUGAUGAUUCUGUUCUAUCAGACAUACAAUCCAAGACGUUAAAUAUUCCCGGAUACUUUGCUGAGUUAUGUCUUCAGGCGUUUACGGAAAGACAAGAAUUGAUAGAUUGGGUUAAGGAAUUUAUACAGAACCAUGAGUUUGUCGGCACUGACGCAGUGGAGCGCGUAGCUCGCUACAACACGCAGGGGCUCGAACUCUGCGAAGCUCUCCGCGAGAUGAAGUCCCGGGCGGACAACGUUGUUGACACCGCUGCAGAGUUCUCUAAGAAAAUGUGUCUUGAAAGAUCAACGUUAAUAGCAGUCGGUGAAACGUUAGUUCGCGAAAUAGCGGAACUGCGUCAAGAUUUAGAAAACCGCCCUCGUGUAAGACUCGAGAAACGAGAAACACGUGCUGAGGAUGACGUUACAGCGAAUGAGGAAUUACGUCGUGAAUUAGAAGAAGAGCGAACUGCUAAAACAGCCUUGAAAGAGAAACUAGCGACAACUGAAUCUUUAUUGAAACAGACACGUUUACGUGUCUCCAAAAUGGACAAGCAGUUGCGCGAGUCUGAAGCUAGUAUAGCCAGCCUUACCGGAACCGUGAAAGCCUUAGAAGACCAGAACAGACAACGAGAUGUUCAAUUAGAAGCUAGGGCUAGGAAAUUAAAAGAGACGCUAAAAACGGAACAAAUGGCUACGGGUCAUUUAGCACAAAAACGUGAUGCACUACAGGCUGAGGUAAAUGCAUUAAAAGAACAAAUCCAAUCGAUGACUACACAACAUAAAUCGGAAGUGCAAGAUUUAAAUAACAAAUUGAAAGAAUUGAUUGGAGCUCUUGAAGAGCAGAAAAAUAUGACUCAGCGAAUAACGGAAGAAAAACAUGAGGUCGAAAUGUCAUUGAUGGAAACUCAAAACACUAUAGAAGAUUUAAAAACGCAAAUCAUCAAUCUUGAAGAUAGUAUACCCAAUCCAGAAUUGCCGACAGAGAGAGAGAUGGAUUUAUGGGCGGAAUUGUCUGCAACAAAAGAUAUAUUACGAAAUACAGAGGAAGAAGUAUCCGCGGUCAGAAAAGAAAAAGUCCGUUUUUUGGAAACAAUGACGAAGAUUGCGGAAACUGAAAAUAAAUCAGGAAUGCAACAAAAGUUGAUGAGUGAAAUAUUAAACAAAGAAGAAACAAUAUCAAAGAUGAAAAUACAAAUCAGGGAAUUAACAAAGAACAUGAAGCAUAAUGAGCAGAAAGUGAUCCAAUACGAAAAUUAUGUAAAAGACCUGCACUCGUAUGCCAGAACUCGGACAAAUUGUCAGGAAGCACCAAAUGAUAUUAACUACCAAGAACUUAAAGAUCAGAUUUUGAAUUUUCAAACGAGGCUCCUGGAUGCGGAAUAUCACAAUGAAAAAUUAUCACAAGAUCUAUUGCAAAAGGAGCAACAACUUUCAACCCAGGACAGCACUUCAAAAGCCCAGGCAAGAGUCAUCAAGGUUCGCGAGGAACUGAUCAACGUGCUCAAAAACAAGGAAUCCGAGCAAUCUCGCGAGCUCUUCUCAUUGCAGAAGGAUCUUGAGCAGCGCAUGAAAGUUGUAGAUGAAGUAAAUAAACAAAUAGCAGCGAAAGCGGACGAGAUUCAAGAACUGUUCGCAACGCUGGAGAACAAGCAACAGCAAAUCCAUAGAUUAGAGAAGAUAGUGUUGGUCCUGGAGGAGCAGCAGCGACGCGCGCAGGCGCAGCGCACGCGGCACGAGGAGAAGAUUGCUGCUCUUGAGCACGAACUGGCAGCGGGCGGCAACCGACGAGAAAGAAAGUCAUCUUUUUUUAGUUGGUGAUGAUCCCUGUGUAUUUUCUGGAAGAAAAAUUGUGCCAGUACCAGUGGGAGUUUUGUAUUUUGGAACGAUAUUUAGAAAGUUUAAUUAAAAUAAAUAAGCUGCC